ACACGCUUCAUGAAAUAACGGAUUUCAAGCAUUGUAUACGUUUUUGUUGACUAUUAUUUUUUUAGCGAUCACAAGAAGUCCGCGCGCGUAAAAUUUAAUUCUGUAUAUAUAAUUCGAAAGUUAUUCGCAACAUGUUCUACUUUCCUUAUUGGUUCAUUUUAUCCUAUAUUUUGAUAAGUGAUCAAUAAUCAUGUUUAUUGGUGCGCAUUUGUAUGCCUUGUGAGACCCACUAUAUACAAAUAUUCAUAAGAAGCCGGGGUCAUUUGAAGAAUUUCAUCAGUUUUCCUAAUUUUUUUCCAAUGAGACCAAUACUUUAAUUAAAUGCAGUUGCAAAUUGUAGAAACAUAAGGCUCUCUAAACAUUGCUAGUCCCCGCACUCGCCGGAGAGUAUUCACAGGGAUAAGAAUAACAGAAGAAUAAAAUGAUGCAUAGAAGAGGAGGCAAACGAAUACGUAUGGAUGAUCCAGUGCCUCCCGAGUACGAGGCACCAAUGACUCCAAUGACUCCUAUGAAUGAUAAUUCUACAGGAGAAGCAAAUGAAUCGUACUCUAAUUAUACACCUUACAGCCAAGCACCUCCAACACCAAUACAUAAUCCAACCCCUGAACAUUAUUCAUCUGAAAGCUAUAGUUCACCUGGUACAUCACAACAUCAAUAUCAAGAACAAGCAGGAGGUUUUGAGAAUCAAUCCCAAUUUGAACAACCAGUGACACCAGCAACUCCUACCAAUAUGAGAAUUACAAGGAACACACGUGCUAGGUUGCGUGGUGGAGCAAUACAACAGCCAAAAUAUAAAGAAAUAGAUACAGAUUACAUUCCAACUACCACUAGUAGAGGAAGGGGUGGUGGUGGACGUGGACGUGGAAAGCGAACACAUCACUCACAUAGUUUGGAAGAUGAAGCUAGUCUUUAUUAUGUCAUCAGGAAUAAUCGUUCGUCGUUGACUACUAUUGUUGAUGAUUGGAUAGAAAAGUACAAAAUUAAUAGAGAAAACGCACUUCUCAUGUUAAUGCAGUUUUUUAUUAAUGCAAGUGGUUGCAAAGGUCACAUAACGUCAGAGAUGCAGGCAACAAUGGAACAUGUAGCGAUUAUUCGAAAAAUGACUGAAGAGUUCGAUGAGGAAAGUGGAGAAUACCCAUUGAUCAUGACUGGACAGCAAUGGAAGAAAUUUCGUGCAAAUUUCUGUGAAUUUGUUCAAAUUUUAGUUCGACAAUGUCAAUAUUCUAUAAUAUACGAUCAGUUUCUAAUGGAUAAUGUGAUUUCAUUAUUGACUGGUCUUUCGGAUUCACAGGUCAGAGCUUUUAGGCAUACAGCUACACUUGCUGCCAUGAAACUCAUGACAGCGUUGGUAGACGUUGCUCUUACUGUGUCAAUAAAUUUAGACAAUACACAGAGACAGUACGAAGCAGAGAGACAAAAAGCUAGAGAAAAGAGAGCCGCGGAUAGAUUAGAAUCAUUAAUGGCGAAGCGAAAGGAAUUGGAAGAAAAUAUGGACGAAAUUAAGAAUAUGCUUACGUACAUGUUCAAAUCUGUAUUCGUGCAUCGCUACAGGGACACGUUGCCAGAAAUACGUGCGAUUUGUAUGGCAGAGAUUGGAGUAUGGAUGAAGAAGUUUCAUCAAAACUUUUUGGAUGAUUCCUAUUUAAAAUACAUAGGUUGGACGUUACACGAUAAAGUUGGUGAGGUUCGUUUGAAAUGUCUUCAAGCACUGCAGCCAUUAUACGCCUCGGAAGAAUUAAAAACUAAACUUGAACUUUUCACAAGUAAAUUCAAAGACAGAAUCGUUGCAAUGACCUUGGAUAAGGAGUACGAUGUAGCGGUACAAGCUGUCAAACUUGUUAUAUCGAUUUUAAAACACCAUAGAGAAAUUCUUACCGAUAAAGACUGUGAACACGUGUACGAGCUUGUUUAUUCGUCUCAUCGUGCGGUCGCACAGGCAGCCGGUGAAUUUUUAAACGAACGUUUAUUCCGACCUGAUGACGAAGCAGUAGCUGGCAUGAAGACCAAACGUGGAAAAAAGCGUCUGCCGAAUACUCCUCUUAUUCGAGAUCUCGUUUUAUUCUUCAUUGAAUCGGAACUUCACGAACACGGAGCGUAUUUGGUUGAUUCGUUGAUUGAAACUAAUCAAAUGAUGAAAGACUGGGAAUGCAUGACGGAUUUAUUAUUAGAAGAGGCUGGACCCGAAGAAGAAGCUUUAGAUAACCAAAAAGAAACGUCACUGAUAGAGUUGAUGGUUUGUUGUAUAAAACAAGCGGCCACGGGUGAAGCUCCAGUUGGUCGGGGACCGACCAGAAAGAUUCUGUCAGCGAAAGAAGUGAAGCAAGUCCACGAUGACAAACAACGGCUGACAGAACAUUUCAUUCAAACGUUACCUUUGUUACUGGAUAAAUACAGAGCUGAUCCCGAGAAACUUGCGAACUUACUCGCGAUUCCUCAGUAUUUCGAUUUAGAUAUUUAUAUCAAGUCUCGGCAGGAGCAAAAUCUGGAGUCGUUGUUGAAUAAAAUUCAUACGAUCGUAGAGAAAAUGCACGAUACCGAGGUUUUGGACACAGCCGCGAAAACAUUGGAGCACAUGUGUAUAGAGGGGCAUGCUAUUUUUACUAGGUGCGACGUAGCGCGUUCGACAUUAAUUGAUUCUAUUGUAAAUAAAUAUAAAGAAGCUAUUGAUGAAUACAGAAAUUUAAUAGAGGGAGACGAAGAACCGGAUGAGGAUGAAAUUUUCAAUGUUGUUCAGUCCCUUAAGAAAGUUUCGAUAUUUUAUUGUUGUCACAACAUGAAUCCCUGGGGAAUAUGGGAUUCUUUGUACAAGGAUAUCGAAGAUGCCAAGGAUCCGUCUAAAUGUUUACCGCAUGAGGCAGUAAAAUAUUGCAUAAGCGCAUGUUUCUUUGCAAUUCUGUGGGGACAAAAUCAUUUGAUGGAGUCGGUAGAUUCUGGAAAUCGAGGCGAAGAUGAGUGCCGACAAUUAAAAGAACGAUUGCAUUCAUUCAUGGGUUCUAUGAGACAUUUCGUUAGCGGCGAUGGAAGUGGCACGCCUUCUCCGCCAAUUCUGAGAGAAGAAGCAUACAAUACGAUAUGUGAUUUAUUGGUAGUGUUUUGUAACCAGUUGACAACGCAUCCUCAGCCUUUGAUGCAUCAGUUGGUAUACGAACCUGACCAAGCGAUGCAGAACAUGCUCAAUCGGUUUAUACAAGAAUACGUAUUUUUCGAAGAAGAAGAUGAUGGACAUGACGAACAUUCAAAGAUAGAAGAGUUACAUAAAAGAAGAAACUUUUUAGCGGGUUACUGCAAGCUAAUUGUAUAUAACAUGAUACCUACCAAAGCGGCUGCGGACGUGUUCAAACAUUAUGUAAAAUAUUACAAUGAUUAUGGAGAUAUUAUUAAGACUACGCUAGGAAAGGCCAGAGACAUUAAUAAAACAAAUUGUGCGUUGACGAUGCAGCAUAGUUUGAAUAUUUUAUAUAAUGAAAUAGUAGCCGAAAAAGGCAAAGUCAAUAGAAACAGCGAAGAGUUUACGGCGAUAAAGGAGCUUGCAAAACGAUUCGCUUUGUCAUUUGGUUUGGAUGCAGUGAAAAAUCGAGAAGCAAUCACCGCUCUACACCGGGCGGGUGUUCUUUUCGCUAUCACACCACCAGAUGGCAUCGAGCAAGAUCCCACUGGACCACCGCCUAAUUUAUCUUUCCUUGAAAUCUUGUCCGAGUUCACGAAUAAACUCCUUAAACAAGAUAAAAAAUUGAUGAUACCAGAAAUAUUGCUAAACUUCCUCGACAGGCGAUUACAAGCUGGAAUGCCGUCCUCGCGGGGAGAGGAUUGGCAGCCUUUACUAUUGUACAGAAACAGUCUUUUGCAUGGCGAGACAGAUCAAGUUCCGGUAACGAGUAAACGAGCUUACACGAGACGCAAGAAGGAUCACUUAGCUGAGGAAGAGGAAGUAGAUGAGCCUGAAGAAGGUUCUGAUCAUGAAUUUUCUGGUAAACACAAGAAGAAACGUGGUCCAAGGAAGCAUCAAUUAGCCGUUAAUAAAGUAUCAAUAAAUCGUGGAUCUAGGGCAGCUGGCUUUUACGAAACCAGUGACACGAUACAGAUGCAGACGUCUCCGUCGGCGAUCAUCGAGGACGCGUCCACUAGCCCAUCCCAAGAUAUAGAUAAUAAACUUAAGACUUUGCAGAUACAGUCGAGGUCGCGGAGAAGUCAAGAUCACGGGGAACCAAGAGAAUUAAGAAGGACAUCUAGAAAUUCUGGUCGCUACGUCGAAGGUCAAUACAUGGUGAGUCGCGUUAAUUUAUUAUAAUUAAAGAAUACACGCGUAUAAUUUAUAAAAUUUA